UGCUCCUAAAUCCUGAGAGUCAGGAGAAGCCAGUAAGCACAGAAGCUGGAGCCCUAACUCUCCGAGCUUUAGCAUCCCAGCCUAAGGAGCUUCCUAGGGGCGAAGCGGAGACUUCUAUUCCAUUUGCUAUCGCCUGAUCCCGCAUUUCGGACGCCUAAAUACGCCAUGGCGACCGCUUCCCUCCAGUGCUCCCGGCUGAGCUGCCAGCUCUUCUCCCGCUCCACACAACGAGCCUCGCGACCCGCCGAUUCCAUCAAGACCGACUCCUUCGCUCACGGCACGAAGCUCGCGCUCACUUCCGUGAACAGGAGAGCCUCCAAGUUCACUCCUAAGGCGUCCGUCGCUGUGCAACCGACGGCGAAUGCGGAGAUCACGACAGACGAUCGGCUCCGGUUGAAGGAGAGCGAGGAUUCGUCGAAGCCGUAUGCGGUGGUGGAGGUGGAUGCUGCGGAGCAGAAGGACUUCAAUGUCGCGACUGUUACUGCCGUUGAGGACGUCGCUCCUGGCGUGCGAGUGGUGACGGUCAACGCGGAGAUCUCGAGAGAGUUCAUUCCCAUUGACAAGGCCUACACCAAGCCCGGCCAGACCGUCCUAGCUCGCCUGCCGGAGGGCGAGGCCGUUUCGACGUACGUGUCGAGCCCGCCGUUCCCCAGCGAGAGCAACUGGCGCGUGCUCUACAAGCUCCGGGGCGACAUCCCCGCCGGGGCCACCAAGGCGCCGCAAUACGCGCUCUCAGUCAAGCACCCGCUGGAGCUGCACGUCACGGCCGACCACCCUCUCUACAACGUGCAGCCUGAUGCUGAGGUGGAGAUUGGUGCCUUCCAGGCCAACGGGCUGGACCUGCGGCCAAUCAUGUUCCUCUCGCGCUUCCCCACGCUGCUCAUCUUCGCCUCGGGCAACGGCAUCGCUGCCGCGCGGUCGCUCAUAGAGGCCUCGGACGUCGGCUCGCUGUUCCUCAACAUGCGCUCGGAAGUGCGGCUCUUCUACUCCGCACCGUCACCAUCCGCUGUGGCCUACAAGGAGCGCUUUGCCCACUGGGAGAAGCUGAAUGCGAAGGUGAGGCCCACAGUGGACGCGACCAACGGGGAGGAGUGGGACGGGCUGGUGGGGUCGUUUGCGGAUGCAUUUGAUGCAGAUGACUUGGAGUACGACCCUGAGCUCACUGCUGCUGUGGUGUUUGGCGACAAGCAGUCCAACCAAGCCGCGCUGCAAGUGCUCAACGAGGCCGGGGUUCCCGAGAGGAGCAUCCUCGUGUGGGAUGCAUAAAUUGCUCAUGAUGUGUAGUGACUGAGUUGUCUGGUAAUAGUCUAGAGGGGUAAAGAUAUGUGAACACUGUAAUUUUAGCUCCUGUUUUACUUCUUACCUUGUCCUACCAAUUUUCAACUCAAGGUGCACAAUUCUUCUCCGU